UGUUUAAUGCAAUUUGAGAUUUAUGUAAGGUUAUGGAAACACAUAUGUUUUCAUGAUCAAGUCUUAAUACAUGUUGAUUGAUAGUUAAAUUAUAUGAUAAUUGGUUUUAUGCCAUUAUAAAUAUUAAAAUUAUAUUAGUAUAGUUUUGUUUAUAAUUAUUAAGAUACGCCUCACAAUGCCAGUAAUAACUCGAAUUGUUAAACCUACUACCCAUAAAGGAAAAAAAGCAAUUUUAAAUAAAGAACCAAAAUUAAUUGAAGAUGCUAAACAAGCUUUUUGUAUUAAAGGCAGAAAUACUUCUCAAAUUGUCAAUGAUUGUAUGAAAGAUUUGUAUGAACUCAAAAAACCUGAUAUGCAAAUGAUGCAAAAAAAGAAUGAUAUAGUUCCAUUUGAAGAUGCGACAACUAUUGAAAAAAUUUCGUCGAAGUUAAAUGCACCACUUUUUAUAUUUGGCUCACACAAUAAAAAACGUCCACACAAUCUUAUAUUCGGUAGAAUGUAUGAACAUACUUUAUUAGACAUGAUGGAGUUUGGUAUAGAAAAUUAUAAAAGUUUAAAGGAGUUCAAAGUUCCUAAGAUUUCAAUAGGAAUAAAACCAUUAUUAGUUUUUAAUGGUGAACUUUUCGAAAAUAAUCAACAAUAUAAUAGAAUAAAAAAUCUAUUUAUUGAUAUGUUUCAACGAGAAGUAGUUCAAAAAAUCGGAUUGCAAGGACUAGAACAUGUGUUGAGUUUUACUGCUGAUGAGAACAAGAUAUAUGUACGAAGUUACAGGAUACUUUUAAAAAAAUCAGAUUCUAGAAUUCCACGUGUUGAAUUAGAAGAAAUUGGUCCAUCUAUUGAUUUGGUAUGUAGACGUAGUAAAUUGGCUUCUGUUGAUCAUUUUAAGCAGGCCUGUAAGAAACCAAAAGAAUUGAAGAUAAAGAAAAAGAAGAAUAUUUCAACGGAUGUUUUUGGAACUACUUUUGGCCGUAUUCAUAUUGGUACACAAAAUAUUAAUAAAAUACAGACAAGAAAAUUAAAAGGUCUUAAAAAAACACUAGCAGAAAAGAAAGAAAAUAAGAAAAGGAAAAAUUUGAGUGAUAAUGAUAGUAGUUCUAAAAAAUUAAAAAGUAUAGAAAAUAAGGUAAUGUAA